UCGCAAUUGCGGCGAGGGUUUUCGUCUCAACCAGUCCAUGAAUUCUUUAGAAAUCUGUUGAAGAUUAGCGACUUCACUUGAACUUAUAACAACUCACUCUGUCCGAACCUCCAUCCACAUAAUCGUCGACCAGAACUGCUUCAUCCAAACGCUCUCAGGACAAAAUGGCCAUGUCCCAACCAUACUUUACCGCCACUGUCGUGUAUGAACACGUUUGGAGGAUCUAUGAGACACCCAAAGAGACAUCUACAUACACCACACACUAUGUAAACUCGCCAGGCAGUCACACUGGAUAUGCCAUAAUUGCCAACACCGCUCUUCCCUCUUCCGCACAGCUCGAGACAAUUGGUAUAACGUACUCGAUAUCGGCCGGAGAGUUAUCCACCCAGCAUGUCUUGGCGACAGUAGCGACAAGCAUGCCCACGUCGUCCAUUCAGCAUUCAACUCAGACACCAUGGCUCACUGCCACGGGUAUUGCCGCUCACACGCCUCAAUUGACCAAAGCGUCAUGUCAUACGACUUCGUUAAGCCAUGGUUUCCCCUUGUUGUAUGAGACUUACUCUGGCUAUCUUCAGAUGCUUCUGUUACUGCUUUUUCUUUGUGGCUAUCUCUUGUUGCGCCCCAAAAAGGCUCGACGUAGCCAGGAUGACAGUCUUGAACAAGGUGGAGACAGGCUCAGAGAUCUUGGACAAGCGUUCAUCGAUGUGAAAGACUCUACUAUCACUGCAAAGCCAUAGUCGAGCAAUGAUAUUGAUCAACGGUCGCUUCUUGGGUUACCAGCACAAACCCGUCGCGCUUGGCCACGUUCUGACGCUUCGCCUUGCGACACAUCAGUCUCGACGCUAAGGCGUACAUCAGAGGCUCUGAGAACGAUGUCGGGUCAGUCUAAUGUGAGGUUUCAAGCAUUCGACUUUCUCUGUGAGGGGUAUUGCCAGUCGUCGAUGAUGUUAUGGAUAGUUAGCGCGGUAAUGAGAAUGACACGCUGUGGUGUUUGCGGG